UGACCUUGUUUGCCAUUGCAGAGAAGCGACUAGUCUUAGGCAUUGGGAAGCAAGUAAGAACUUACUACUGGGAAGUCAUUAAGGUGAAAGUUAAAACUUCAUAACUUUAGUCAAUCUUAAAUUGCUGUUAUAAGGUUUUAAGGUGCUUGAUCCUCAUUUUUUUGUAAAUAUAUAUAUACAUAUAUAUAUAUAUCUUUUUACACAUUGUUGAAAGGAGUAGGCAUUUAUUUACGAGUCUUGCAAGUAGUUUAAUUGCAACAAUCAAGUUCUGAUAAAAGGAUCCUAUUUGGCUCUAUUUAUUUAUAUAUGAAAUGAACACUGACAAUCCAUUUGCUGCGCUUACUCCAAGCCCAGCGCCUUUUGCUGGUAAUACACAUCAUGCGGAAAUUGAAGAAGCAGAUACAUCGAGCUUUUUGUUUUCUGCUUUAAAAAUUGGUACUACAGUUUCACUUGCUCAACCGACGUCCUCAGACCCUCCAGCUAAAUCACGUUUGUUUGCCAUUCACAAUUUAACUAAAGUGUUUGUAGCUGGUGUCCCUAAUGGUCUUGUUCUAGGUUCGACUUCCAUAUUGCAGAAGUGUCUUGAUGAGGCCUCGAUGAAUGCAGGCCCUCAACAACUUCCAGAAUCGUCUGAAGUAGUUCACCUUGCCAUUCCAAACUCUAACUUUUCUUUCGUCGAUUUUACUUCUCAAGGAACAUGUAUUGUCGCAUACGAUCUUUCCUCUCAAGAAAUUGUCGUCUUUAAUACAACCUCUUGUUUAGAGGGUAAUGUCAGUCCUCGUUGGAAAACACAAUUGCCGAAUUUGGAUUUCGUUCUUCCAAAUCCUGAAAUUGACGAUCUUGUUGCGCUUCAUCUAACUACACAAGAAUUAUGCAUCUUAAGCAUUUCUCAGGCGACCAUACAUCCCCCAAUUGCUAGAGAAGCUACCUGCGUUGCUUGGUCAAGACGUGGUAAGCAAUGUGCUGUAGGAUUUUUAAAUGGAUCUAUAGUUCAGUACACUCCCGAUGGACAAGCUAAACAGGAGAUUGCUGCUCCUUCUGACUUACAAGACUUUUAUGUCCAAGAUAUUGCGUGGAUGGAAAACCGAGAGUUCAUUGUUUACUAUAGCCCUAUAACAGCGUUGGCAAGUAGUGAGCCUGUACACGAGUCAGUUUGUUAUAUAAUCAGUUUGGGAAUUGAUAAAUCAAUUACUUAUGCUGUUGCGACAGAUCCAACUCCUCCGUUCGGAGCCGAUUAUCGUCACGAUCACCAUUAUUUCUCUCUUCUUCAGUCUUGGCAUCCAAAUCUAAGAUCUUUGGUGAUUGUCUCAGCAACUUCAAGCUCAGAUAUUGGUCUGUUUGCCCAUAUGGCCGACUCAAAUUCAUGGAAGAGCUUGGUUAUUACUGAAGAAACUAAAAGAGCUUCUCUUCCUUAUUCUCAAGCAAGAGAGCAAGAUACUUCUCCUUUGUCUCUCAGUUUAGAUCUUACUUCCACAGAGAGAAUCGAGAAGCCACUGAGCCCAGUAGAAGUUCCUGCAGAUUGUCCCCCUCUUCCUAUUCUUUGGGUUUAUGAUAAUGACUAUCAACUUUCGGGAUUCCGAUUUAUGUAUACAGAUGCUAUUAUGGAAAAUUCACUCUAUCCCGAAAUGGUCGUAGCCAAAAGCGUAUCCGGUACUGAGACUGUUCGAACCUCUAAUAAUGAAAAUGUCAGUUCUUUUGCUUCUUUAUCAGAACCUCCCAAAUUCGGUUCUCAGAUGUCUUUUGGUGCAUUUCAGACUCAAAAACCCGCACAAGCAUCAGCAUUCGGUCAGAGCCAGGGCUCUCCUUUUACAGCUCCAAGUGCAACUCCAAAAUUUGGUGAGUCUUCGUUUUCAUUUAACUUCAAUACUACUCCUGCAAAUAAUGCUUUUACCCCAAAUAAUUCUUUUGCUGGUUUUGGAACGAAGUCCACUUCUUCCGCAUUUUCUUCUUUUGCUAGUGCCUUAACUCCCGCUAAUUUAUCCAACGUUCCAAAGGAUAAUGAAGCAUCCAAUAUUUUUGGAAAUGCCAAAGUUCCUGAGAAGCAGCCAUCCGUGUUUCAAUUUAAUCCCGUCGAGAAAGCAGAGCCUGAAAAAGAUAUGGAAAAUGAAAAAGUUGGUACACUUGCCAACGCUGAUGUUGAGCCCUCUACUACUGAUGAUAAAGCUGGUAACAGUAAUAUUAAUUGGGGAAGUGGCUUAUUUGGUAAAGCUGCUCAGCCCUCAUUUUCCUUCGGUCUUAGCUUAAACGAUAAAACACCAAAUGAAAACUUCUCCGUUUUCGGUGCUAAGUCGAAAGAUACAACUGCACCAUCUACUGAUCAAGCUUCUACUAAACCAUUUUCUUUUGCUCCACCAGAUAAAUCGGUUUUUACCUCUUCUAUAAAGCCAACAACUCCAGCGAGCAAUGCUCCAGAAUUGCCAAGAAGUGAGUCUGUCUCUAUGGAAAGCUUAACAGAAAAACCUGAGCAAAAAGAUAAUACUGUUGAAGUGCUUGAGAGAUAUACUUUAAAUGUUUCUCUAGAGAAUAAGGAAACAGAUGAGAAACAUGCAGAAGCUACAGUAGAUGAAGGUCUAUUAGCAUCUGACAAUGUGGAAACUGAAAAGGCAAAUAGUAUCGACAAAAGAGAUAUUCAGAAUGAUCGACAGUCUCCUUUUAUAGAAGAAUUGAAAGAUGAUGAUACCGAUGAAAUUGCUUUAGAAGCACAGAAAGAAUCUGUUACGGAUACAAUGCCGAAGGAAAGUGUUUUGGAGACUGAAGAUAAGCUUCUAGAUACUGAACUUAGUGAGGAGGAAAAUCUUUUACGUACGGUUUCGCAUGAGACAAAUGAAAGUGAUGAUUGGGAAAAAGUUGAAGGUGAAGAAGACUUUGAUGAAGCUGCAACUACAAAGCCUGAGGAUUUUCAUGAGGAAACGCCGGAAGUCUCUGCAGCUGCUGAAGAAAAGCUUACAGAAAAAGAAGCAGAUAAGGAGUCAUCAAUUGACAAGGAUGCGAAAAAGCAGAUCUCGAAGAACGAGCCAAGUGAUUCAUAUUCCGAAGAUAUUAACAAAGAGGAUGUUGCUGAAAAGGAACCAGAACCAGAACGUCAAGGAGUUCCUUCUCUAAAAGGUAAAGUGAGCGAAGGAGCCUUUGACUUACCAUCAGCUGAAGAAAGAAGUAUAAUAGCAAGUGACCUCAAAGAACCUGAAGAAUCUGUCGUUAGUGAAGCUCCCAAACUUUUAGAGAAGAAACCCGUUCCCCUUGAAACGCUGGAUUUGCUUGAAGAUAUGCAAGAGAUAGUCAGUACUGAAUCCAACCCAAUGGUCAAUGCAUUUGAAAACCUGUACUUGCAUUUUGAGGCAGAGAUGGAUCUGGUAACCCGAAAUAUGGAAAAGUUGGUAAAUUAUGUAAAUGACCAAUCUAAUACUGGAUAUUCUAAUGAUAUUUAUCCAAACAUGACGUGUCUUCCUAAUGAUACUCAAACACUGGAAAGUUUGCUCGAUGAAAUGAAUUUGUGGACCUCUGGCAAAACCGAAUACGACAAAAAACUAGAAACUUUACGUGUGACUCUCGUUCGAUUAAGUGCUAAGAGAGUUCAAAUUCAAAGACUUGUAAAUGCUCACACAGAUCCUGUGUUUAUCAAUCGUCUUAAAUUACGACAAUUAGGUCCUGAAGCACUUCGACGACAAAAAGAACUACGUGUUUCCAUGGAAAAAAUUCAAAAACUAAUGACCUCGGUGGAAAAUAUGGCAUUUGAUGUACGCUUAAGUGAUGUUCAAAAUCGCAAGCGUUUAAGUUUGGCUUCGAUAGAAGUUGCUUGUAGUCGUGUUGCUACUGUUUUAGCUCAGCGGGAGAGAGAAUUGUUGAAGCUUGAAGUUGAAGUUAAAGGGUUGUUUGGCUCAAACCCCAAUGGUCCUUUUAUAAUGGAUGAUUUGAGUUCCAGUUUAAUAAGUUCGCUUGAAAAAGGAUCAGAUUCCCUUUUUGGAUUACGAGAAGGUUCAAGGUCAUCAGCUAAAACGGAAGUGCAACGCCAAGAUGAGUUUUGUGACAUAAUUUUUAACAGCCUUCUUCUUUUAAGGAAAAGUAUAUAAAAGACCUUCAUGAAAAAUUGUUUUAGGGUGGUGUCCAAGAGGAUAUUGUCGCACUGUAUGGAAUAAAAUAGAUUUGUAUUUAAGUUGCUUAAUUUAUCUUGUAUUCUCAACAGAUGUAUUAAAAAACGG